ACGUCAAUUGUCACACGUCAACAGUUCAGUGACAUUUUCAUAUCAAUAUACUAUUGUUUUCCUUUAUAAUAACUUUAUUUUUGAAUAAAUGUGAAAGUGAAUUGCUUAUUACAAUGUAUAAUCAACAUAAAAUUGCCCUACUUUGUAUGGUUACAUCAUUAGUGAUAUCAAUAGUUUCUGGACAUUCACAUUCACAUUCACAUGGAGAAGAGUCCCCGGCAUUUAAAUACAGUAAAACCGCUAACGAAAAAUUGAAUACAAAACAGGAAAUCAACGUUGAACCUGAUUAUGACUUAUACAUGAAUGCUCUAGGUUCUACCAUUUUUAUAAGCAUAGUACCUUUCUUUAUAUUAUUCUUCAUACCUAUUGACGGAACCGCCGAAAAACAACCUUUAUUGAAAGUUUUGUUAUCUUUUGCAUCUGGUGGUCUCCUCGGUGACGCGUUCCUACAUUUGAUACCACAUGCUCUUUUACCCCAUAGUGAUGGUGGAGGACACAGUCACAGCCAUUCCCACGAAGGAGAACACCAUGAACCUCACAAUAUGACUGUUGGUCUAGGAGUACUUGGAGGAAUUAUUACCUUUCUUGUCGUCGAAAAAACUGUCCGCUUAUUUAGUGGAGGUCAUGGACACUCACAUGGUACAGAUAAGAAAAAGCAUGAUGAAAAAUCUAAAAAAUCUUUAAAGAACAAGAAAGAAGAUAUCAAAAUAUCAGGAUACCUCAACCUUGCUGCAGAUUUUACCCACAACUUUACAGAUGGCUUGGCAAUAGGAGCUUCAUAUAUUGCUGGACAAAAUAUUGGUCUAAUUACCACAGUCACAAUUUUGUUACAUGAAAUUCCUCAUGAAAUAGGUGAUUUUGCUAUACUGGUUCAAUCAGGAUGUUCUAGGACAAAGGCUAUGAUGCUGCAACUUUUAACAGCAUUUGGAGCUAUAUCUGGCACAUUCUUGUCCAUAUAUUUGCAAGGUUCUGGAGAUGGAAUUGUGUCAACUCUCAUCCUACCAUUCACAGCUGGAGGUUUUAUAUACAUUGCAACUGUUUCAGUAAUUCCUGAACUUUUGGAAGGAUCAAAUAACAAACUUUCACAGUCAAUAAAAGAAAUACUUGCAUUACUAGCUGGUGUAUAUAUGAUGGUGAUCAUUGCACAGUAUGAAUGAUCAAUAUUUACUUCAUUAUUAAAAGUGUAAAUUGCU